AUGAGAUUAAUUUUGAACACUUGUUUAUACUAUCCAAAAGUCUUUUAUCGAACGAGAUCUCGUCAGAUUGAUGAUACUCUAACUAAAUUACUUAGUUCAAAACAAGAAGAAUCUAAUCGUCAGUCUAUUCAUAAAAACGAACAUGUAACAAUACAUGAUAAAAUUCUCAAAAUACCACGAGGUACUCGUGAUUAUCAUCCAAGCCAAAUGAAAAUUCGCGAAGAAGUUUUUCGUACAAUUAUCGAUUGCUUUAAACAACAUGGUGCUGAUACGAUUGAUACACCAGUUUUUGAAUUAACUACACUUCUUAGGGGAAAAUAUGGUGAAGAUGCGAAACUUAUCUAUGAAUUACAAGAUCGAGUUGAUGAUGAUGAUAAUAAUGAAAAAUUAGCUUUACGCUACGAUUUAACUGUACCAUUUGCACGUUAUAUUUCACAAAAUAAAAUUUCUGCAAUGAAACGUUAUCAGAUCGGAAAAGUUUAUCGACGUGACAGCCCAAAAAUGACCCGAGGUCGCUAUAGAGAAUUUUACCAAUGUGAUUUUGAUAUUGCUGGUUGUUAUGAUCCAAUGAUACCUGAUGCUGAAUGUAUUAAAAUUGUUGUGGAAAUUCUCGAUAAACUUGCUUUAGGACAAUAUAAAAUCUAUAUCAAUCAUCGGAAAUUACUUGACGCUAUUUUUACUGUAUGUGAUGUACCAAAUAAACUUUUUCGCUCCUUAAGCUCAACUAUUGAUAAACUUGAUAAGCUUCCGUGGGAUGUUGUUCGAAAUGAAAUGAUUAAUGAAAAAGGAUUAUCACCAGAAGUUGUCGAUAGAAUUAGUCGAUAUGUUCAUAUGCAUGUAGGCAAUGUUAAUCUAAUUGAUCAACUGCGAAAUGACCCACAAUUAUCAUCCAAUAAAUUAGCUAUUCAAGCUCUCCAUGAUCUUGAUUUAUUAUUUCGUUAUUUAACAUUAUUUAACGUUAUAGAUAAAGUUAUAUUUGAUUUAAAAUUAGCUCGUGGUUUAGAUUAUUAUACAGGUGUUAUAUUUGAAGCUGUUCUUACAAAAUAUCAAUUUAAUCCAAAAUUAGACGAUGAUCAAAUAGCUGUUGGAAGUGUUGCUGGUGGUGGAAGGUAUGAUGAACUUGUAGAAAAAAUUGAUCCGAAACAAAGACAUGUACCUUGCAUUGGCGUAAGCAUUGGUGUUGAAAGAAUAUUUACUGUGAAAGAGCAUCAACAAACACAAUUAAAAACUCAAUCAAAAACAGUCGAAACUGAAAUUUAUGUAGCAUCAGCAGAAAAAAAUUUCUUAGAACAACGAAUGAAAAUAUGUGCUUAUCUAUGGGAAAAUGGUUUUAAGGCAGAAAUGGCAUAUAAGCGUAAUCCAAAAUUACUUGAUCAAUUACAAUAUUGUGAAAAGCAUCAUAUUGAACUGUGCAUCAUUAUUGGUAGUUCAGAAUUAGAAACUAGUUCACUUAAAAUUCGUGAUGUUGUCACUCGAAAUGAGAUUUGUUCGUAUAUGUAUCGUCGAUUAUCAACAUCGUCAGUAUCUGCUCUCGUUAAAACAUAUUCAUUACCAAUUGAUAAUAAAUGUAUUAAUUCGAAAUAUGUACCUAAAUAUCGAUUAUCAUUAAUUGAUCGUGAAACAUCCGUUGAAAAAUUACAUAUAUCUUCAUUACCAUCAGUUAAUAUUUAUAUUAAACGUGAUGAUCAACUUGAUUCAUAUGCAAGUGGAAAUAAACUUCGAAAAUUAGAAUUUCUCUUUGCUGAUAUACUUUCACGUCCAAAAUGUCAUCAUAUAAUAACAGCUGGAUCACUGCACAGUAAUCAUUGUAAAGCUGUUGCUGUUCUUGCAGCACGAUUUCAGCGGCAAGCUCAUUUUCUACUUAGAACUGAUCGUGAUAAUCACGAUGAACAAAUUUUACAAGGCAAUCCACUUUUGAAUUAUUUAUUAGGUGCUAAAUUGUAUUUGAUAUCAAAAAAGGCUAAUAUUCAACGUGACAUCGAACCGAGAAUCCAACUAUUAGAAGAAGAAUUAGGUGGAAAAGAUAAAUGUUAUGCAAUCCCAAUAGGAGGGUCAGAUACAGUUGGUUUAUUUGGAUAUUUUGAUUGUUUCAUACGUGAAAUAAUUCCAUUAAUAGAUAAACUUAAUCUCGGUCAUCUGGUUGUACCAAUAAGUAGUGGUGGCACCAUGGAAGGACUAGCACUUGCCAAUUAUUUUACUGGUAAUCGUGUACGUAUUCAUGCAUUUGCUGUAUCGGACAAUGAAAAUUAUUUUAAAACUCAUUUUAAUGGAAUUCUCAAGGAGCUCGAACUUGAUCAUUUAAAUCAAUUCGUUAAUAAUAAUAGCCUUGUUGAUAUUUGUGAUUCUUAUGUUGGUCUAGGUUAUGGUCGUAUGACAAAUGAGCAAAUCGAUUUUUUACAUGAGAUUAUAAGAGAAACAGGAAUCAUCUUUGAUCCUGUUUAUACAGGUAAAUGUUUAUGGGGUUUAUAUGAAGAAUUACGAAAUAAACGCAUUGAUCGAUUUCCAACUGAUGGAAAAAAUAUACUAUUCUUGCAUACAGGUGGCUUACUUGGUCUUAUGAAUCCCGACUUUAGUAACCAAUGGUUACUAUCCAGCAAUAGUCACGCGAAUUAUCGUAUGCGUAAUUGGAUGACGUUGUAA